AUGAACGUCAACAAGAAGCUCGAUCGUUUCAAGCAAUGGGCGGGCGAGCGCAUGGGCUCGGAGAUAAAGACCAACGUGUCUGACGAUUUCAAAGCCCUGGAGUUGGAAAUGGGACUCCGACAGGAGGGUCUCGAUAAGAUGCAACGCUCAACCAACUCCUAUGUCAAAGCAGUAUCAAAGCGAUCCGAGAUCGAAGGCAAGGAGAAGAUAUUGCCAAUCGCUUACAUGGGUGGGACAAUGAUAUCACAUGGCGAGGACUUCGACAUCGAUUCAGAAUUAGGACAAUGCCUUACCAUGUUCGGUCGAACCCAAGAGCGGCUUGCUCGUGCUCAAGAAACUUACAUUACUAGCGCCACAAGCACAUGGCUAGAGUCUCUGGAAAGGUCUUUGGUCCAGAUGAAGGAGUAUCAAGCAUCGCGUAAGAGGCUCGAAACCCGGAGAUUGGCAUAUGAUACGUCACUUGCCAAGAUGCAGAAGGCGAAGAAAGAAGAUUUCAGGGUGGAAGAAGAGCUGCGGAAUCAGAAAGCCAAAUACGAGGAAUCAGCAGAUGAUGUCCUUCGUAGGAUGGAAGAAAUUCGGGAUACUGACCCAGAGUGUGUGGCUGAUCUUGGGGCUUUUCUCGAUGCCGAGUUGGCAUAUCAUGAGAAGUGUCGAGAGGCCCUCCUUCAACUAAGGAAUGAAUGGCCAUCAAGGUCGCAGCAAUCCCGUGGUGGCCGCCCUACACCAAGAUCCAGGUCCAACACAGUUCGAUCCUACACGCAAUAUGUCGAGCCUGUGGAAGAAGCGCCCCCUGUUGUCGAAGUCCGACCGACGAUUCGAUCGAGUCGUGCUCCGUCUGACUACACACCCAGCGUAUCGACAUCACGACCAAAUCUGGGAAGAUCGACUACAUUCGACCAUUCCCCUCAACCAACGAGAGAUUUGUCGCCUGGAACAAUGCCACGUAUCACCCGCGUACCUAGCGAUUCUCUCAUGAUACGGACAGCUCGGUCCAAUUUGCGCAACGUUGAGGAACACGAUGUUUUCGCAGAUGACUCAGGCUCCUACACGAAUGGUGGUUCCGAUCAUGGCUAUGGAGAUCAAUCUGUCUCGCCUGCCACUUCACAUGGAAGCGGAACAUUCACUCCUGGGUCAGGCAAGAAAGGUGCCGCACCUCCACCACCUCCUCCUUCACGUGCAAAGAAGCCUCCUCCACCACCCAUACCUGCAAAGAGAUCCGUCAUUACCUGA